AUGAAAAGAUACCUGAGCGAAUACUAUCAGAUUCUUAAUGGAAGUCAUUGGGGAAAGCAAUACAUAUUGUGCGAGAAGGAUGUGUUAAUUGGUCGUCCUACAUGCUUUGCCCACAUUCAAAAAUUUUCGGAGCUCACAUUGGAAGAGUUUGUCUCCUGCCAGAACCAAUGGACCAAUAAUCGCAUGACAAGACAUCUAGCCGAUAUGUCAAUCAUAGAAUGGCAUCUCCUGUAUAUAUUCAUUUUAAAACUAAUGAUUCGAAAACAUAUUUUUUUAAAAAAAACCACUAAUCACGGUCUAUCAACUGAACAAAGGAAUCAAAUCAUGCUAGAUAGUGCCAAGAUUAACUUGCAAUUAGGGCUCAAGGUAUUCGGCAUAACUGAGUAUAUGCCACAAACUAUCUACCUAUUCGAGAAAGUGUUGGGAAUAUCCUUUACUAAUAAAGAGCUUUUGAAGAAUAAAGUGAGCAAAUCUGAGGAAUGUAUCAAACAUUUGGAAUCGAGAUAUGUUGAUAAAAAUAGCGCGAAAUGA